AUGAUGAUGAUGAAAUGUUAUUCACCUACGAGUAUCCAAUAUGCAACCUAUUAUACGAGUUUAGCUGAUGUCUAUAAAGUUAUAGAAGAUUAUGACAACGCCAUUGACAAUUAUAUCAAUGCUUUGAAUAUUCGAACACAACAUUUUGGUAUACCACAUUCUCUUAUCAUAAGUCUGUGCGAAGAAAUUGUGGAAAUCGACUUCUUGCUUCAUCGUAAUUACGAAAGACAGUUGAAAUAUCAACUAAUGAAGCAUGAGCAUCUUUUGAGAGAUGAAACCGAAGACGUAAGACACAAUCAUACGACCUAUCAUAAAGAAGAACUUGGCAAAAGUCAUGCUGCAUUAACCUAUAUUUAUAUUAAAAUGGAUCAACAGCAGGCCGUAGAUCUUCUUCAACCAAUAGGAAAAUUGGAUUCAUCUGAAAUAUGCAUUAUUGAAUCUAUUGAAGUUUUGAAAUAA